GUUGGAAAAUUCGUCCAAGCAAGAUGGCCGUUCUCUGCGAUAAAGUAUGAUCGGCUACUUUAUAAAAAUCAUGUUUUACAUAUAAAUUCCGUAAGUUUUUCGUUAUUCGACGACAAAAAGACAAUUUACGCAUUCGGAAUUUACGGUCGCGCUACUUUAAAUACGAAACGGUGCCCCACAGAACCCACGGGAACUAGUGCAAUGUAGGAUUUUAAGUGUCCCUAGCAGAAAGAGGAAAGUUCACCGCCGGAUAUUAAUGGUUUCCUGAGGGAUUUUCCGGGCGUAUUCGAGGGAUUUUAGCGGUAUCGGACCCCCGGCUGGUGCCUUAAGGCCGAAACAAAUGCAAACAAUGGAAAAACCAGCCCAGAUCCAAACUCCCCCGCCGACCCACGGGGGGGGACACCAUCAAAUAAUCUCGUGCGAUCGCCCCCCGUCGGCGGGGGGCGCCAACAAAUCCGCAGAACCGCCGCCCGUCGAGAUCUGUUUCGUGUGCGGCAACCGGGGCCACCCCCGGUCCUACCCGCUCAGCUCCAAACCGCGACCGGACCGACCCAAAGAGCCCUAUUUUCCCUUCUUGGACAGCCACGAGGCGCCCAAGGGCUACAGUAACGCCUGGACGAAAUCCGACCCGUCCGUCUAUGCCGCCUGCAGUCUCUGCUACCAAUUGCUGACGCAACAGUGGGACCAAUACGAGAUGGGGGCGAAACCGCACACCGAAAGACUCUACUGGUUGAAACGGGUGGAUAACGGGCCGUAUACGGGCGCCGAUAUGAACAUGCAGGGCGAAUACGCGGCGCAGAUGUUGGGUUUGGGUACCGAUACUUGCGCAGUUGGAGCGCCAACGUCGCAGGUACCGUCGGUACAGGUGCAACAUCCGCCCAGGGUGGCAGCAGCAGUGGUGAAUGUUCAAAGGGGGAGCGAGGAGGCGCAUAACAGGGCGAGGGCGGAACCGAGACCAGUGUCGGCGCCGGUGACGUCUAGUGCAAUAGAACGGGAAGAAAUGGUGGCCGAAAGCGCCCUGGACCUGACACAUCCUGCCCAGCAGCACUACAUCCCCGUUCCGGUGCAAUCCGUCUCGGUACCGCCGAUUUUGUUCAGUCAAAAUUCGAACUCGUCCACCGGUACUGACAUAUUGGACCUCAGUAUGCCAGACAAGAACUCUGUUACUGAGGUCUGUUAUGUAUGCGGGGACGAGUUUAAACGAGGCAGUCUGGACUUUAUCGCAUCGAAACAAUCGACGGAGACGCCGCAGCAGCCCUUUUUCCCCAGUUUAAUAGAGCACCCGAGGCCGGCCCGUAGUCGCCCCAUCGACUCCCAGGGGCGGGUACAGGCGUGCGUCGACUGUCAACAGCAUUUGUUGAACCAGUGGGUCACUUUUCAGGGCCAGGGGGUCCCGCAUACCGAACGGAAAUACACCCUAAGAAAAAGACAGAGCGCCGCCCUAGACACCACCACGUUCAUCUGUUACACCUGCGCCCUGGAGUACCCAUCGUCCAGCAUCCGGUUGUUGUAUUGCUGCCCUAACGCGGAGAAGGAGCCCUAUUUUCCCUUUAUCCAGACGUUAAAAGCGCCCCCGGGUGCCAGCCCCGUUUCACCCCAAGGGAUGGUCCAAGUAUGCUCCACUUGCUACAAGAGCAUUCCACAAAAACAUCAGGUUUUCGGUGGGGAUCCCUCCGCGCCAUCGCACUUAUCGUCGGCCAGCAACAACCACGUGAGCGUGACGGAGGUGCAGUACCUAAACAACAGCACCUCGCGACCCAGUACCGUGAAAAGUCCCGCCAAUUCUGCCGGUUCUGACAUACGGUACAAACCGUACGACAUCAAUCAGGCCUCGAUCGUUACCAGCAAGAAGAAACAGGCUUUGGCCGACAGUAGGAAUUCUAAGGCCGCACACGCCUCGCGUACCAGCUCGCCCCUAGUCGACGUAAAUGGCCACUCGGGGUCCCAAAACUACCGUUGCUACAUCUGCACCGGCCUCUACCACUUGGACCAGAUGGAGUGGAUCAGCACCUCGGCGGAGGGCAUGAACUCCCACGCGAUGCAUUUCCCUUGUUUGUCCAAGAUCGGUAGAACGUUGGAAAACAGUUGUAUGGACUCGCACGGUCGUGUUUUAAGUUGCACGAGGUGCGUGAAUCAUUUGGCCCAUCAGUGGGAGGCUUUCGAGGCGGACAGGAUGCCUUUGGAGAGGAGGAGGUACGAUAUUCCAUUACCGGAAAGUUCAGUGAUGAACGGCGAUCGGGGAAUCCCGACGCCCCCGAGCACCAACAGCGAACGAACGGUGUGUUCCCAAUCGGCCAAUGGCAGCUCGAGCAUUUACUGUUUUUUAUGCGGCCUCCAUUCCGAGUUUACGCUGGCCCGGGUGGUCUACAGUAAACCCCAAGGCAGGAAUGCGCCGUAUUUUCCGUCGCUGUUACGUCACAAAAGUCCGCCGAACGCGGAACAGCUCAGGGACGACGGUAGCGCCCUCGUGUGCACGUUUUGUUACCAUAGUUUAGUUCACCAGUGGCGUCGAUACGAGUCCCAGGGCGGUCACGCGGCCCCCGCGGAUCGUCGCGAGUACAACACCCACGAUUACUGUUGCUACGUGUGCGGAAUUACCACUUAUAGGAAACGGAUUAGGGCUUUACUUAUUAAGGAUUUCCCUUUUUUGAGGUUCCAUCCUCAGCCGGAAAAUUCGCUUUUGCUGGAAAACGGCGACUAUUCAGUCGUAUGUCUCGACUGUUACGAAACGUUACGGACACAGUCGUUAGAGUAUGAACGGUGGGGUUUGCCGUUGGACAAACGCCAAUACAACUGGAUAACGCAACCGCCGCCCCCGGAAGACAGCCCGGAGGCGGGAAUCGCCCGUUUACCGAGCGGACAACGUAGUGAUAAAGUAGCACCGCCAACGUUCCUAGCCAAGCCGGCGCGCAAAAACCAUUCGCCAAAAAUUAUGGAGAGAAAAACGAACAUUAAGACUGAACAAAACUCAGGUGUACCUAACAGCCCCAACAAACUACCUCCAGCGGUGCCAGUACCCGCCGCCCCCUCAACAAACGGCAACGUAGGACAACAACAGCAGCAACAGCAAAUGGCCGCCACCUCGUUACUCUCCAAUCCGAAACCGUCACGUGGGGUCGCACAUUCGGUACCGCCGCCCCACAGUUCCGCCUCGCAGUACAACCACUCGUUUGCCGCCGCUUUGAGGAAUUUGGCGCAACAAAACGUACCGGGGUCCGAGGGCGUCGUCGAGCCGCCCACGGCUCAUAGAACUCGGGAAAGUGCAUCCGCCCCACCAGAAAAACCAAAAGUAUCCGCCGCCGCCCCCGAAGUGUCUUACCAAUCGAGAUCCAACGCGGUGGAGGCGCGACUUACCACCGCCACCACCACCACCACCCACGAUCGAUAUUCGAUGGCCGAUUUGGGCAGGAGCGGCUUUCAACCCUACAGACCGGAAGACCAUCGGAUACCUCAAGUGCCAGUCGGUUUAGAAAUGGCGGCGGCCGGCUACCCGUCGCCUUACGCCCACUAUCCUUUACCAUUAGUUGAGGAGCAGCUUUAUUACGAGAGAAUACUGAGACCGUCUGCUUGGCCGAUGGGACACCCUUACCUACCGUAUUUGGGCUUACCGGGGGCCCAUAUGCCACUUUAUAUGCACGAACGACUUAAACUGGAAGAGGAACAUCGGCAACGACUCGCCGCGGCCGCGGCGGCACGUUCGAAGGAUGUCGAUUUCGAGAGGGAAAUGAUCGAACGGGAACGGGAAAAACAGGAACGGAUGGCGAGGGAAAAGGCGGCGGCGGUAGAGGCGGCCGCCCGACGGGUCUCGCCGCAUUUACUCGGUUUGCCGUCGGUUAUGCAUCCGGCGGCGGCCGGCAUGUUGCCGCCCUCGAUGGGUUUAGGGCCGCCCGCGGCCAGACAUUCUCCCCUAGGGGCGCCGCCCGGAUAUUUGGCGGCGCCGCCCCAAGGAUAUCAAGUACCAAGGUCGUCUCCGUCACUCCAACGUCAUUCCAGUAUGGCCCCGGUAUCGUAUUCGGGUCUAAACCUGUCCGCUCCGCCCCCCAGACAUUCGUCGACCGUCAUUCAACCCUCGGGACCGCUCAUAAAUGCCGGAACGGUACAACCGCCCCCCGCCCACAGUGCCACGCAUUUAUCCAACCACCACAGUCACCUGUUGGCAACGUCCGCAGAUAAACAAGCCACAUCUAGUCACAGUACGAAGCCGCCCACGCCAAAACCGACGCCGCCGCCGCCCCCUUCCGCUCCUAAAGGGACGCCGCCCUUACAACAAAGCGACGCCGAGCGGCGAACCCCGAACAGAACGGGUGAUAAGAACGCGAACGGAGAUUGUGCCUGACCUAGAAAUUAUUCUUUAUCGGCUCGUUGUUGUUAUCAGAGUUGUGCAGUCGAAGCAACAUUGCAAUUUGGAGUUGAACGCCAAAACAGCCACCCGCUCCGGCAAAACGUACUGACGACCACCCAACAGGCUACUUAAUAAAAAAACUGCCGCAUGAAAAAAUGAAUGCAUAAUAUAUUUUAUAUCUAAACCUAUCUGGACUCAGAAGAUCACAUCAUGCUCAAUAUUACGAAGAAAACCGAGUGAAGAAAAAUAUUCAAUUUUGUUACUACUACUGCAUAGUUUUGUUUUCAUUGAAUCGUUUUGUUUAAACCGGUCGGCACGAACUAAUUUGUUAUAGUUAGGUUAUCAAAUUUCUUUAAUUAUUAUAGUUAGGUGUAACAAAUUAUUAUGGAAAGAAGGAAGGUAGUUGCGAUAUUUAUUACGUUCGGUUAAAGCCGUUAAUGUUCAUAGUAUUAUUAUCAUUUACCAAUUUGCAACUAUUUUUUUUUUCGUCAAACAAUCUGAACCUGUAAGCGUAUAUAUGUCAUAAGGAGAAUUGUAAAUAACUUAUUUAUUUUUAAGUUUAAAAUGCAUAAAUAGGCGCGCUGUGAUUAAAAUGAAUGGAAAAGCAACAAAAAAAAAACGGUUAAGUGCAAAAUUAAUUUUCUUCUUUUAGUAUUACUUUUUUUCGUUUUGAUUUAUUGAUACUUUUAGGGAUUAUUUGUUUUUAUGCACUGUGGACCACCGCUUGAAUUUUUAAACAAACAGACGAAUUAAACUAAAACCGGUUCGCAGUGUGACGACGAAAAAAAUCGAAAUUAGCCGGAAACGUUGGGAGAAAAAAAACCGAAUUUAACACGUUAAAUUUUCUACUAUUACUACUGUUCUAAAUAUGUUGAUUUACGGGUGUUUUUUUUUUAAUUAAUUAUUAUUUGUUAGGUGAGAGUGGUGUUCACUGAUUCUGUGAUAAAUACAAUUUUUAGUAACCUUGACGUAAACACUGUUUCUAGCAUGACAACAAAACUUAUAAAUGUACAUAAAUUGAAAAAGUA